AUGAUUCUGUUCUUUCUUACAUUACUCCUUGUGAGCUCUAAAUUAACUGAACAUCAGCGCACUCUUCACUCAAUUUCUAAACAAGCUAAAGAAUCAAAAAAGUCGACUGUUGAGACUUUUAAAUACACGGUACCUCUUGACCAUUUCAAUGCAAACAACGACGAGGAGUUUGAAAUAGUUUACUUUAUCGAUUCACAGUAUCUUGACAGUGCAAGUGAGACCUCGCCUAUAUUCAUUUUAUUAGGAGGCGAAGGUCCUGAGACUGAGAAAGUACUUCAAAACAAUUACGUCAUCGACGAACUUGCUAAGAAGCACAAAGGCUUAAUGCUUUCUGUCGAGCACCGAUUCUAUGGUACAUCGACUCCAUCACUUGAAUUGAAUACAUUGAAGUAUUGCACUGCUGAACAAGCCAUGAUGGACUAUGUUGAAGUGAUCAAUUACGUCCAAGAGAUGUAUAGUUUAGUUGGACAUCCAGUGAUAGCCUUAGGUGGGUCAUACAGUGGCAAUCUUGCGACAUGGAUUCGCCAGAAAUACCCAAAUAUCAUUGAUGGGUCUUGGGCGUCGAGUGCCCCAUUAGAAGCCGUUGUAGACUUCUAUGAGUACUUAGAAGUCGUUCAAAGCAAUUUACCUGAAAACACUGCAACCCUUUUGACUCUUGCCUUUGAGAAAUGGGACGAGAUGGUUGUCACGGAGAGUGGGAGGAAACAGCUUGGGAAGAUCUUCCAUACAUGCACGGAGUUUGGAGAGAAGGAUAUCCAGACGUUCUCGGAGAAUAUAGGAACAGCCCUUGCGGGGUAUGUCCAAUACAAUUCUUCUGUGUGGAAGAAGAAUUAUGAAAGCACCAAUUCCAUCUGCUACGAAUUUGACGAAGACAUCAAUACUAAGUACCCCAUGUUCAUAGACAAGACCAAUACAAAAUCGGGGUCGGAUUGCACGGGAUCGUCACUCGAAACGAAUUAUAAGGAACUUCGAGACACAACGACAUAUGAAAAAGGGAACGACGGAGCGUCGGGAAGAGCGUGGAUGUUCCAAACAUGUGUGGCUUAUGGAUACUACCAAGCCGUUUCUGAGAAGUCAAAUGUGAUGUUUGGGAGAAUGAAUAAGCUCCAAGGCUCUAUCGAUAUGUGCAAAGAUAUAUAUAACAUCGAUAAUCAGACUCUUUAUCAAGCAGUAGAACAUAUUAAUGUCAGAUAUGGAGCAAAGAACCCACAAGUCACUAACGUCGCGUUCACAAAUGGAGGAGUUGACCCUUGGCAUGCACUCGGUAUUACUCAACAAGACGCAGUGGACAGUAGUAACAUCGUCCAAUAUAUACAAACAACUUCUCAUUGCUCGGAUUUGUACUCGGAAAAGGAAACAGACGCUCCAGAACUUAAAAGGGCAAGACACAAAGAGAUGAGAUUCUUCGAGGAGUUACUCGAAAAUCUCCCCAAGAAGUAA